AUGGACAAGAACUCAUUUGUAAUUUAAAUGGAUAGUUUCAUUGAGAAUACAAUAUAAGCCGAAGGCUACAAUAAGACAGAAUUUCUAUAAUAUUUAAAUAGUAAAAAGAUUAAUGGUGAUUAAAUUGAAUUAUGGAAUAUGGAUGAAAUGCUUAUAGCAAGAGAAGAGUUUUUGGCUUGGAAAUAGUAAAAUGAAUCAACUUAACAUCCAUAAUAGCCUUUGACUCAAUAUGCCAAUAUUCACUAAAACCCAACUAUUGAUGUAGUUCAGCGCUCCAAGGUCUAUUCAGGAUAAUAGAUAUAAAUAAAUUAGAAUUCCUUUUUGUAUAAAAAUCCAAAUAUAGAAGUUAAGAUUGACAAUUAUCAAGAGUAACCAGGGUCUUUAUUUUCUAAGUCGUAUAUUAUUUAUAAGAUCACUUUGAAUCCACAUAACUACGUUAUAGAAAGAAGAUAUUCUUAAUUUGAGAAGCUAAGAGAAUAUUUACUUAGUAAUUACCCUGACUUUUAUGUUCCACCAAUCCCUGAAAAAAUGGCAUCAGGCUCUAAGAAUCACAUAGCUGAUUACAGAUCAUUGGCUUUAGAGAAGUUUAUGAAUACAAUCAUAAGAUAAUUUUGGUUCGAUGAGUUGGUAGAUACAUUUUUUAGUUGUUAAAAUGAGAGUGAUCUAUAAAAUAAGUUGAAGCAAUAGAAAUAAAAAUAGAGAGAAUACAAUAUCUCGAAUUUGACGAGUUUAGAUGGCAAAAUAGAAUGUAAAAUAAGUUCCUAAAUGGAGAGUUUCUUUGCAUAUUAAUCAAAAAUGUUCAGUAAGGAUAUGGAAUAUAAUAAUAAUAUUAGAUAAAUCUCUUAAAAUAUUGCGGGUUUAUAUAAACAAUUAAGUUAGGAAUAUAAAUCACUGGCAGAUAAGUUUUUAAUUUAUCAAUAACGGAAUAAGAAUUAAAAUGAAUAAUUGUUUGAGUAGGUUGACGAUAGUUAUUGCAAAAACUUAAGUCAAAUGUUUAUGACAUGCAGUAAAAAUCAAGAAGAGAUUGGAUCACUUGUAACUAAACAUGUAGACUAUUCAUAUGCUUAUUAAACUCAAGUGUUAGAAACUUUGAGGGAGAAAAUAAAGUAGAGAGAUGUGAUGCGUGAUGAAUCCUUUAAAUUAUUAUAAAAAAUAGAUAGCUAAAUUGAUAAACAAUUUAAGUAAUUGAGUGCUGGAUAAAUCUAACAAAGAGUACAAGGUUAAGGAGUAUUGACAGAAAAACAAUUAAAAUAAAAUUUAUUUCCAGCAGAAUCCAAAUAAUUUGAAAUUAUUCAAGAUAAUUUCGGAUAUGUUAAUAAUAAUAUUUAUUAGCAAAUUUAAAUUGUUAUGAAUAUGAAUUAAUAUCAGAUUAUUGAAUCUAUUUUGAAUAUGCAAUAGAAAAUCAGUUAAAUGUAUUAAAAUAUGGUCAAAGAGAAUGAACAAUUAUUUGGAAGAUAUUGA